ACAAGUGCUAUGCUGAGUAGUGAUAUCCUCUACAACCAGCUGCUAGCCAGCAUGUCCGGCAAAUCUCUUCUACUCGGAGGAGGAAAUGAGUUCCAUCCUUGUUGCAAGUGCGGAGCAACGUUUGGCGACGCUAAAUCCCUCACGAAACACGAGUUGUCGCACCAGAAGAGAAAACACGAGUGUAAAGAAUGUGGAAAGAGGUUCAACUCUUCAUCAGACCUCAAAAGGCAUUCCCUUAUUCAUACUAACACCCGACCUUACAAGUGUCACCUUUGCCCCACUGCGUUCGUCCAACAAGCGCACCUUACUCGACACCUCAAGUCUCACACCAGACACGGAGUCAGGUUCAAGUGUCUCGGGUGCGGUACAAUGUUCCUCCACUCCACUAAUGUCAGGUGGCAUCAGCAGUUCUGCGAACAAGCUCAGGGAACUAACGGAGGCUAUGUGGUUACUCAGAGUGAGGGUGAAGGUCUGGACACUUCCAGUCCAAUAAAACCUGCUGAGAAAAACACAACCAAACCGCUCUGGUCGAGAGACAACAAGGUGUACUACUUCAACGGGAAAGAUAGGAGGCACUCCAGCAGCUCAAGUGAGACCGAGACCAACAGUUCCAGUGGAUCUACUGAUAGUGGCAGUGAGCCGGGAAGCAACUCAUUCCUUAACUGUAACAAAGCGAUGCUCUUUGACGGUCUUCCUGAACGGACAAAUCUUUGGAACCAACCAAAAGUGGAAAAUGUAGUUAAAAAGGAGCGCAAAACAAAUCUCUCCACUUCGCAGCUGAGCUAUUUGAACUCAAGAGUGUCAAUGGUCGGCCCAAAGCAUCUGAAAACAACCUCCGCUAAAAAGUCGCUUAACCAGCCGGUCUCAACAGAAGAUCUACUGAAACUGCUAGCUUCCAUGCAGGAGGGAAAGAAGAGCAGUAAAGUUGGAACUGUCAGUACAAACGCAGGAUCCCUCAAUCCCCAUCUAUCAAACGCAGGAUCCCUCAAUCCCCAUCUAUCAAACGCAGGAUCCCUCAAUCCCCAUCUAUCAAACGCAGGAUCCCUCAAUCCCUCAAACAGCUCCUGUUUCAAAACAUCUCCACCUUCCUCCUACAAGAUAGUUCAAAACAAAAUCAUUCAGCACAACGUGACGUCAUCAAAUAACCUUAUGACGUCUUCAAACAACUUCAUGACAUCAUCAAACAACUUCAUGACGUCAUCAAACAACAUCAUGUCGUCAUCAAACAACAUCAUGACGUCAUCAAACAACGCCGUGAAAUCAUCAAACAACAUCACUACGCCUUCAAACAACAUCAUGUCUACAGUUUCUUCCGGACUGCGCAGAGCCACUAACAGUUCUAUCAACUCUAACAAAAUGCAAGAAGAUAAAAUCAAGCCGAUUAUAGAUUUGGUUAAUAAAUUAGUUGCCGAGGGAUUGCAAUCGCCAGCAGCAGAUACCAUCUUGAAUGUCAUAUCCCGAUACCUUGGAAACGUGACAUCACCACAAACUAACGUGGCCCCACAAAUACCAACCUCCACCUCUCUCCCGCCUCUCAAGAAGAGAAGACUGAGCGAACCAGAACAAGAACGGCUCCAGAACAAUCUGGAGACGUCACAAAAUCUGUUCUCGAACAAUCUGUACCCACUACUCCGACAGCAAGGCACUACCUCCUCACUCCUCACCCCUGCAGCCACCCCCUCCACCUCUUUGUCCUUCACUCCUCUCAUGUUCAGACAGUUCCCCAGAAUUGGAGACUUGCCAACCCAGAGUUCUCUCUUCAACAGUCCCUCCUUCAAACCCUCCACAGAUUUUGCAUCACAACUCCUUCAACUUGCCAACCAGAACGCUUCCACUGUUGCUCCCGGAUUGAAGUUGACUACUGGAGGAGGUAAACUUACCCACAAUGGUUUCCCUGGUCCGAUGCAAAGUUGCGCAGCUUACUCCACCAGCGCUGUGAACACUAGUGAGGUCCGGAAACCUCCCGAGUCCACAUCCGACAUGUCCUCUAAACCAAUAAAAGUGGAGGACACAUCUCCACGUGAUGAGAGUCAGCCAAUCAUUAAGCAGGAGAUGGUGUCGCAUGACAGCAGUGAACCAAUGGAAGGAGAGGAAACUGGGCUUGCAGGUCCGGAAUCAUCACCGGCAGGUGCCCCUGCGCUGGUGAAGGGAAUCGAGGCUUCGCAAAACAUCGCCUUUCACAGGCUCAGCGAUCUACUGUCUUUCGUUUGAGGAAUUCAUAUUUUCGCUUCAAGAAUUAAGAGUGACUGUAGAUAUAGGCUAAUUUCGUUUAGAAAUAGCUUUAGGAUUGAAUAGGUCUACUAAUCGAAUUAGGUGCAAAGAAUAUGUAAUGUUUCAUAGAUCAUAGAUAAUGAACAAGGAUUAUAGAUAGAGGAAAACGUUUAGAAUUUAGUCGUGGCCAUUUGUUUAUGAAGUCUAAUUCUAAAGUGCUGCAUAGUGUGAUUUACAUGUUACAACUUAGCAAUAAUAAUUUUUAAACUUAACGCUUACAGCAUAAGAUUAAAGGUUAGCGCAAAUUUCAGACUGCAGGUAUCAAAUGUUUUUAGGGAUGUGUCUUAUCAUAGGCUGGUCCUUAACGAUUGGAAAUUUGUAAGUCCCAUUUAGUAUUUCAUUGGAAAUUAAAUUGCUAUCUACUUGUAGUUAAUGAUUAAGAAAGUUGAGUGGCAAUUAGAUUAAAGUGUGAUGUUCAUUUCCAUUUACAGUUGCAUUGUCAUAGUCGAUUGUUUUCAUGUGUUUGGAAAUUGAAAAAUAUAGCUUUGUAGGAGUGAAAUUGCUUAGUGUGUUCCAAUUAUUUAUUUUGUUGACAUGUAAAUUUAAUUUUUCAUAUAUUUGAUAUUUGUUAUUUGGUGGUACGUAACUUAAAGUUAAAUCAAAAU